AUGAGGCCCGUCUCUGUCAUGCUCUUCCUCCUGCACGCCUGCUUCCUUGGAGGAAAUGGUGGCCUCCCUGAAGGCCUGAAGUUGCUGAAGACUGAGUCUGCGCUUCGUCUCUACCAGAGUGUGGCAGGAAAUGGAAGGGGAACAAACUUCGUCAUUUCUCCUACCGCUGUGUCCAUCCCUCUGGAGAUCCUGCUGUUCGGACCUCGUGGAAGUACUCGCCGGCAGCUGGAAGAUGCCCUGGGCUACACUGUCCACGAUGAGAAGGUGAGAGAUUUCCUACACGCUGUUUAUGCCACACUACCCAACUCCAGCCACGGUGCGGAGAUGGAGCUGGCGAGCACCUUGUUUGUGCAAGCUGGAACGCCACUCUCACACUGCUUCGUGGAGCAGGUCUCUAGGUGGGCUGGCAGCUGCCUGGAGCUGGCCAGCCUCAGUGAGCCCAACCGCACCACCGUCCAGGGCAACCAGCAGGUCUCUGAACAGAUGGCAAGUGAGGGCCCAGGUGGCCCAUCGUGGGAGCGGGGUGAGGCAGCAUUUGCUCAGCUUGUAGUCAUGAGCUCCAUGUCCUUCCAAAGCACUUGGCAGAAGAGAUUCUCCUCCACAGAUACACGACUUCCGCCUUUCACGUGUGCCGAGGGCCUCGUCCUGCAGGUGCCCGUGAUAUACCAAGUGGCUGAGGUCAACUACGGCCAGUUCCAGGACCCGGCGGGACAACAGAUCGGAAUGCUGGAACUACCUUACUUGGAAAGAUCUGUGAGUCUGUUCCUGGUGAUGCCCCGUGACAAAGACACCCCAGUGGCCCAGACUGAGCCACACCUCACAGCCAGCAUUGUCCACACCUGGACCAACAGCCCGAGGAGAGCCAGAAUGGAGGUGUUCCUACCCAGAUUUAGGAUCCAAAAUCAUUUCAACUUAAAAAGCAUUUUAAAUUUUUGGGGAGUCACCGAUCUUUUUGAUCCACUCAAAGCUAACUUGAAAGGAAUUUCAGGCCAAGACGGCUUUUAUGUCACUGAAGCGAUCCACAGGACCAAGAUUGAGGUUUUAGAAGGCCCCAAGGGAUCUACAGCCACUGCAGCUCUGUUAUUGAAAAGGUCUCAGAUUCCUAUUUUUAAAGCAGAUCGGCCAUUCAUCUUUUUCCUGAGAGAACUCAACACAGGGUUUGUCUUCAGAAUUGGGAGAGUUUCAAAUCCCCUAGAUUAAAUUAACAGAUCUCUAGCAUGCCUUCACUUUCAUCUAUGUUUUUCUUCAUCAAGUUAGUUUCAUUUUGCUAUACCCUUGAACUUUAAAAAAUGAUCUGCUAAAGUAUAAAAAGGGUAUGCAAUUUUCAAUCAUUAUGAGUCUAAAAAUACUUCAAUUUUACUGUAAAUUUAUUUCCCUUUUAAUCCAAACGUAUUUAAACCUUCUUUUCUACCAGUUACUCCACAAAACACUGUAAGGCACAGCAGUGAUCUAGGAAUAAUGAGUGAGUCAGGUCAUAGGAUCACUUCCUCAGUAAGGAAACACAAGGCCAUGUUGGAUUGAGGGUGGAGAAUGAAUAGUACAGGUUUUUCCUUAUCCUGUGUAACUCAGGGGGAAUGCAAAGUGAUCAUAAGCCAGGUCAUCUUAAAUGUGUGUCUUUCCAUUUAUCUUCUAAAUAAAAUUGAGAACUUAAGUAUGAGAAUAGCAAAGCAGAACAAAGGGAUCCCCCCUUUGUUGGACCCCCAAUUUAUUGUGGGCCUUCUGUAAGCAUAGCACCAAGUUGCUACAGGCUAGACAUUUCAGAGUAUGUCAUAUCCCCACACUUACCA